AUGGACGAUUAUCUCGACAUCUUCGGUCAACAGACCUUCACUAUCAACGUUCAAUCGUGUUUUUGCUUUCCUCUCCCAGACAACUCCACAUGCCCCCAAAUCAUCGACACACUGAACCAAGGUCUUCAGAGACUCCAUACAAGCUUUCCGUGGCUAGCAGGUCAGGUUGUCAAUGAGGGUUCAGGACAUGGUGAUACCGGUUCUUUCAUGAUCAGGCCGCUGGAAAACGAAGGGCAGCUGGUAGUGAGGGAUCUGCAGCAUGACCCUUCAAUCGCGACAAUGAACAACCUACAGCGUGCCAAGUUCCCCAUUAGCAUGCUUGACCAAAACAUUCCGGCGCCUCGCAAUAUUUUCCCAGACAGCCAAAAUGAAUCAGCGCCUGUCUUCCUCAUUCAAGCGGAUUUUAUAACGGGAGGCCUUCUUCUCACCUUCGUCGCUCAGCACAAUGCUAUGGAUGCUACGGGCCUAAUUAAUAUCAUCCAUCUAUCUUUUAAGGCAUGUCGAAACGAGAACUUCACAGACAAGGAGCUCCGUGACGGCAAUCUCCCACGCCGAGAUAUAGUUCCUUUGCUCGAAGACAGCCAUACGAUAGGAACCGAGCUCAAUUGUUACAUGGUCAAACCCGCUUCAUACAGACACCCAUCCGACUCGCCAGAGGCUCUGAGGCCCAAAUGUCCAUGGACGUCUUACAAAAUCUCUCGUCGCUCACUGGAAGCAUUAAAAUCUAUUGCUAUGGCAUCCCUCCCACCGCCAUCAUUCGUCUCCACCGACGAUGCUGUCACAGCCUUCAUCUGGCAAUCUGUUACUCGGGCUCGUCUGCGUCGAUUGGAUCUCUCAGCCCACUCGACCCUCAUGCGCGCCGUGGAUGUACGGGGCUUCCCGAUGAGAAGACUCGUUGAGGAGCCAUUGGGUAACAUUGCGCAGCAGCUUUGGUUAGCCCUAAGCGACAAAUCGCACUUGGAACACCACACAAGUGCCAUUGCAACCUUCCUGAGUCGUACAGCCGACAAGAGUAAAUUCACAUAUGGCGCGUCGAUCGAUACAACAACAGAUCUUCUUUUUAGUUCGUGGGCGACACUGGAGAGCUCUUGUUUCGACUUCAACCUUGGCUUGGAAUUGCCUGAAGCUGUACGAAAGCCAAGGUGCAAUGAGGUAGGGGGAUUGACCUUUCUAUUGCCCAAGACGCGUGAAGGCGAUUUCGUAGUUGAGAUAUGUCUACGGGAUGAAGAUAUAGAAGAGCUUCGGUCUGAUGUUGUCUUCAUGGAGCAUGCAGAGUACAUUGGAUAG